AUGGACGACGAAGAGCCUCCGGUACUUACCGCUGUGUCCAGCUCCGCACGGCAGCUAUUCUCACUGCUUCGCUGUAUCGCCUCCUCCAACAAAGCGCACGUCACCAUCAGCGAGGAAGGUCUCAAGUUUUCUGUGAGCGAGGGCAGCUCCAUGGAAGCAUCAACCUUUCUCAACAAGUCUCUAUUCACCACCUACAACUUUCACGCUCCCACACGUCAGCGCGCCGAAAUCUCAGACAGCGAAGACGAAGAAUCCGAAUCGCCCACCGCCCCCAACUUCCAAAUAUCCCUCCCCGCGCUCCUCGAGACUCUCCAAAUCUUCGGUCUCACAGACCCCAACACCUCGAAACCGCCAUGGGCGCGCGACAACCCCUACCCCACCAGCACCGCCUUCUCCAACAACGUCCUCGGCAUGAACAACCUCUGCCGUAUAUCCUAUGCGCACGAAGGCGCCCCCCUCUCCAUCAUCCUCACCGAAGCCUCCAUCCGCACCACCUGCGACCUCUCCACCUACGAGCCUGAAUACGCCGAAGAAAUCCCUUUCGACCGGCGCAGCGUCGUGCUGAAAACAAUCAUGCGCGGCUCCUGGCUGCACGACGCGUUGUCCGAACUCUCCUCCACAAGCCCGGAGAAACUCACCAUUUAUGCCAAGCAAGUCGGUGGCAAACCCUUCUUCGCGCUCUCUGCGACGGGCACGCUGGGCAGUGCGAGGGUCGAGUUUAAUAACCAGCCCCGCUCGAUUCGCGCACAGCUCGGCGGGCCCGAAGACGAACACACCAAUCUCCUCGAGACGUUCCAACUCUCCGACCCCGAGGAUGUUCUCCGCUCGAGCUAUCGGUUUGCGCUGGUGCAGAAGGCCGCAAGGGCGAUGAGCGUGGCGAAGAAAGUUAGCAUUCGUAUGGAUUCGCAGGGCGUGUUGAGUCUGCAGUUCAUGGUCGAGGUCGAGGCGGCUGUCGCGGCGGGGGAGGCGGCGAAAUUGAGUUUUGUCGAUUUUGUGGUUGUGCCCAUGAUUGAGGAGGAUGGAGAGGAGGAGGGUGCGGAGGGGGAUGAGGUUAAUGAUGAGACGGUUUUUAUGAAUGGGGAUGAGGAUAUGGGCUGA